UGGGAGUGCUGUCGUCAUGUUACAUAUUCAUAAUAUUUCGCGCGCUUUCGUAUCACAUGUAAUUUUCGCGCGAAUUUGUUCAGUUCUAGUGUGCUGUUGAACGGGAUAGUAGUAUCUGAAAAUGGCGGACUCGUCUGAAUCGUAUCACAUGGCAACCAGCCCCCCGGCCUCCCGCCGUGGAGACCUGACCUCCAGCCCCGGCAGGGACCUCCCUCCCUUCGAGGAUGAGUCCGAGGGGUUGCUAGGAGAUGCGCACCUGGAGGAAGAGGAAGAUGACGGGGAGGAAUUGAUUGGAGAUGGGAUGGAGAGGGACUACCGGGCCAUCCCGGAGCUGGACAGGUACGAGGCGGAGGGCCUGGCCGAGGAUGAGGACCUGUCUGAGCUCUCCCCCGGAGCCCGGGCGGCCGCAGAAGCAGCUCUGGACAUGAGAGACCGCGCGGAGGGCCUGAGGGGCCGCAUGAGGACGAGCCUACUGUACGACAGCGAGGAUGAGGACGAGGGCCGGCCGGCCCGUAAGCGGCGUCUGGCGGAGCGUGCGGCGGAGGGGGCGGCCGGGGACGGCGAGGACGAGGAGAUGAUCGAGAGCAUCGAGAACCUGGAGGACAUGAAGGGCCACACGGUGCGCGAGUGGGUGUCCAUGGCCGCGCCCCGCCUGGAGAUCUACCACCGCUUCAAGAACUUCCUGCGCACGCACGUGGACGAGCACGGCCACAACGUCUUCAAGGAGAAGAUCAGCGACAUGUGCAAAGAGAACAAGGAGAGCUUGGUGGUGAACUACGAGGACCUGGCUGCUCGGGAGCAUGUGCUGGCCUACUUCCUGCCCGAGGCGCCCACCGAGAUGCUGAAGAUCUUCGACGAGGCGGCCAAGGAGGUGGUGCUGGCCAUGUACCCCAAAUACGACCGCAUCGCACACGAGAUCCACGUGCGCAUCUGCAACCUGCCCCUGGUGGAGGAGCUGCGUUCCCUCAGGCAGCUGCACCUGGACCAGCUGAUCCGCACCAGCGGGGUGGUGACCAGCUGCACAGGCGUGCUCCCCCAGCUGGGCAUGGUCAAGUACAACUGCAACAAGUGCAACUUCAUCCUGGGGCCCUUCUUCCAGUCCCAGAACCAGGAGGUCAAGCCCGGCUCCUGCCCCGAGUGCCAGUCCCUGGGCCCCUUCGAGAUCAACAUGGAGCAGACCGUGUAUCAGAACUACCAGCGAAUCACCAUCCAGGAGAGCCCGGGGAAGGUGGCGGCCGGACGGCUGCCGCGCUCGAAGGACGCCAUCCUGCUGGCCGACCUGGUGGACGGCUGCAAGCCCGGCGACGAGAUCGAGCUGACGGGGAUCUAUAGCAACAACUAUGACGGCUCGCUGAACAUGGCCAACGGCUUCCCGGUGUUUGCCACGGUGAUCAUGGCCAAUCACAUCGCGCGGAAGGACGAGGGCGUGGCGGUGGCAGAGCUCACGGAUGAGGACGUGAAGGCCAUCGUGGCUCUGUCCAAGGACGAGCGAAUUGGGGAGAGGAUCUUUGCCAGCAUGGCCCCCUCAAUCUACGGGCACGAGGACAUCAAGAGGGGGCUGGCCCUCGCUCUGUUUGGAGGGGAGCCCAAGAACCCAGGUGGGAAGCACAAGGUGCGCGGCGACAUCAACGUGCUGCUCUGCGGGGACCCCGGCACGGCCAAGUCCCAGUUCCUCAAGUACGUGGAGAAGGUGGCCAGCCGGGCGGUGUUCACCACGGGCCAGGGGGCGUCGGCGGUGGGCCUGACGGCCUACGUCCAGCGCCACCCGGUCACCCGCGAGUGGACCCUGGAGGCUGGAGCCCUGGUGCUGGCCGACCGCGGCGUCUGCCUGAUCGACGAGUUCGACAAGAUGAACGACCAGGACAGGACCAGCAUUCACGAGGCUAUGGAGCAGCAGAGCAUCUCCAUAUCCAAGGCUGGGAUCGUCACCUCCCUGCAGGCCCGCUGCACUGUCAUCGCCGCGGCCAAUCCCAUCGGUGGCCGGUAUGACCCCUCCCUCACCUUCUCGGAGAACGUGGACCUGACGGAGCCCAUCGUUUCCCGUUUUGAUGUUCUGUGUGUGGUUCGAGACACGGUGGACCCCGUCCAGGACGAGAUGCUUGCCCGUUUCGUGGUGGGCAGCCACAUCAAGCAUCACCCCAGCAACAGGGAAGGGGGCGUGGCCAGCCUGGAGGAAGUGGUGCUGCCGAACUCGUCGGACGUGCCCCCCAUCCCGCAGGAGCUCCUGAGGAAGUACGUCAUGUACGCCAAGGAGCGCGUGCGGCCCAAGCUCAACCAGAUGGACCAGGACAAGGUGGCCCGGAUCUACAGCGACCUGCGCAGGGAAUCCAUGGCGACGGGCAGCAUUCCCAUCACGGUCCGUCACAUCGAGUCCAUGAUCCGCAUGGCGGAGGCCCACGCACGCAUGCACCUGCGCGACUACGUCCUGGAGGACGACGUCAACAUGGCCAUCCGCGUCAUGCUGGAGAGCUUCAUCGACACGCAGAAGUUCAGUGUGAUGAGGAGUAUGAGGAAGACCUUCGCUCGCUACCUGGCCUUCAGGAGGGACAACAAUGAGCUCCUGCUCUUCAUCCUGAAGCAGCUGGUGUCGGAGCAGGUGGCCUAUCAGAGGAACCGCUACGGGGCCCAGCAGGACACCGUGGAGAUCCCAGAGAAAGACCUGGCAGACAAGGCCAGGCAGAUCAACAUCCACAACCUGUCUGCGUUCUACGACAGCGAGGUCUUCCGCUUCAACAGGUUCGCCCAUGAUACCAAGAAGAAACUCAUCCUGCAGCAGUUCUGAAUCAGCCCGCAGACUGGGCCGCUGCAGGCCUCUAGAUGUGUAUAUAUUUGUAUAUUUGGGUCACCUUUGAAGAUGAUUGAUAGUUUGGGGGAGGAGUGGGUGCCAGAAGUGUCUCGGGGCCCAUUUUGGCUCUUUUUCCUGAGUUUGUUUCCUGACUGUUUUAUGAUGAUUAGUGACUGCUCAGCGCACUGCCAGUUAAUGACCAUGAAAAUUGGUUUUCUCACCUGUUUUAUGUGUUUUGUGUGUCACCGGGGUUGUUCAGAAAAGCUCUGCCUUUGACACGUGCUGAGGGAAAAUACAGAAGUUGUACUGGAAUAUGGAAGUUGUGUGUUGCUUCACUGAAGUGUUACAUUAAACUAUGAACUGUG